UUCAAGGAAAAGCCCGAUGCAAAGACGGCCAUGAGCUAUCUCCAGAGUGGUGAUUACCGAUGGAACGCGGGUAUGUUUGUCGUCAGGGCCAAAGUUCUCAUGGCAUUGCUGGAAAAGCACGAGCCCAGUUUGGCGGCGGGGUUGGAAAAGAUUGCCCAAGAGUGGGAGCUCGAGGGUGACUCGGAUAGUGUAGCGGUGGAGAGACGCAAAAAGAUCUUGGGAGAGGUUUGGGGUGGACUUCCCAAGAUUGCUAUUGAUAAUGCGGUCGCAGAACCCGCUGCUUUGGAGGGUUGGGACGACUUGGGAGACUUCUCUUCCCUUUCUGACAUGUUACCAAAGGAGUCCAACCAAAUGGCCAUCCUUGGCGACUCUUCUUACGUCAUCCACCAACACGUUGCUGGCGGUAUCAUUGCUCCCCUUUCUCAACGCCUAGUCGCUUGCCUCGGUGUGGACGAUUUGGUCAUUGUCGAUACUCCCGACGCACUCUUGGUCACUACUCGCGCAAGAAGCCAAGAUUUAAAGAAGCUCGUAGCGAAAUGCAAGGAAAGCGCCAUGUGGAAGAAGACUACAUAA